GACCGAGAGCGCAGUUGCAACAUCGGCCAGCCCUUGCUCACUUCUCCAAAUUUCGUUCACCCAAAUUCAAAUGCACAUAAAUCUCCAUCCCCUUCUGCUUCCCUCUUCUCCUCGUUGCCGUCUCCUUCCCCUCCACGCCUCGCCCCCACCCCCGGGCCGGGAGAUACCCGUGCAUUCGCGGCCGCCUCCUCCCCAUUCCACCACUCAUCCUCCCCGGAGAUCGUCCCCUUCUGUCCCUCUUCUCCUCGUUGCCAUCUCCUCCCCCUCCACGCCUCGCCCCAACCCCCGGAGAUAUUCGUGCAUUCACGGUCGGCUCCUCCCCCUUCCACUCCUGGUCCUGCUCCGCCAUGCCGACGCGCAGAGUGGCCUCAGUGCAUAAGAUUCGUAGAAUUGUAUGGGAGUCCCGUUCCAUCACGAACCUGAAUUUUCGGGUCGCUGACAACGUCGCGCUUGACAGCGCACGUACGAUCUGGGAGACUGUUUCCGCCGAUGGAGGGCAUGGUACCAUCGAUAACCUAUUUAUACUCAGGGGCAAGGAUGAGGCUAUGAAAUUGAUACAGGAUAAGAUUCGCCGGCUUCGAGGAUGGCUAGAUCAUGUGGACGGGCAGAUUGCGCACUUGGAGAGCGACGUCAAAAAGCUCGAGGAGCUGCUGGAUUCGGGAGGACCACAUUUACCACCUUCACACGAGACUGUGAGACUGGAUGGCCCUGUGGCCUUCAUUGACAUUGAUCAGGUUGGAGAUCAUGAAGUCAUUGAGGAACACAUCUCAGAUAUCCAGAGCAGAUAUUCUAUUGCAUCGCCAGGAUAUCCCGAACCUUCUAAUGGGUAUCACAGUGAGGAGCAGCACCAGAUGCGCGAGAGGGCAGACCAGCGAGCUCUGGCCAGGUUCAACAUAAUGUACCUAAAGAUGAAAAUCCGAACUCUGCAAGCACUAAGGAAGCGACUUAUUAAAGGGAUCGCUGCAGUAAAGAAGUUCACGUCCCUUCGGACCUGGGUUCCUAGAUACCUCUAUGUAUCCUGGAGAUGGACCUGGGUUUGACGAUGAGGAUGAGGAGGACGAUGCAGAUGGAGCUUCUAGUGAUGACGAGGAUGAUGGGGAAGCGUCUCCUGAGGACGACGGAGCUGGAGCUCCCACUGAGGACGGGGACAGGGACAGAGUCCAAAGCUGAUGAAAUUGCAAGGUUGAUAUCAUGAAUUGUUGGGCCGCGUCAACCAUUUUUCAAGCCCAGCCAAGCAAACCAAAGAGGGAAACAACAAAACAACAGAAGCAUCACUCCAGGAGGGCAUCGAUCUGAUUAGAACAGGUGAGCUGAGGCUCUCGGCAGCGGUGGCGACCUGGGCAGCCGGUUGGCUCCCUUGUCGAUCUCUCUCCUACCUCUCUUCUUCCUGGCUAGUUCUAGAAGCUUCUGGUCAUCCUCUUCUAUGUACUAGUAAUUGGUACUAUUUUGAACUGAAUGCUUCUAUCUGAGUUGGGUUGCUAACAGUUGAUAAUGAGAAUGACCAAUUGAUAUU